AUGACAACAAUUCAACCGAUCUUGGUAUUGCGACACGUUUACGAGCCCGCCGUGCAGCUGUGCAGAACGGACAGCGUGGUCAGCUACUCAGCGCGAUGGCCGACCUGACGCUGAACGCGACUGUUUCCUGAGUUGAAGUGUGCGAAAUACCUGCUUCUCGGCGAAGUGUUCGCCUCGACCUGCCUCGACUCGCCUGGCUCGCCCUCGCCCGCCUCGCGCGCGACCCCCACGCCCCACACGCCCCACCACCACCUCCUCAUGCGCAAAUGCGCGGGGCUCGAACUGGCUCGAAUCGCGCUCAAACCCCUCAAGCCCCACAUUUCGAUCCGCGACUAGCUCGGCCCCCAGACGGCCGUGUGCACCCACUGCAAGGCUCGGCACUGGGAGUGCGAAAGGUUGAAGUCGACCGGACACUUCAGCGCGUGCUCCUCGCAGGGCAAGGUGCGGCUACCUCCCCGUCCCCAGCCCAAUCUUGAGUAUCGGCAGCUUCUUGAAGGCUCGGAUAGCGGUCAGUUGCUCCGUCCAACAACAUUCGUCUGCAGUAGACCCACAUGCUGAACUGUGCGACAAUUUUCCCACGCACACAGAAGCUAAAGCGGUCCGCGAGAACACCCGGUCGUACAACAACGUGUUGUCGUUUACUUCGCUCGCUGCCCACUGGGACCAAACUCAAGUGGGCACGCUAGGACCCCCCGUGUUUCGCGUGUUUGGUCGCCUCUAUCAUCGACUCGGCGCCCUGAUCCCUGCCGUGAAUCAACGCCCAGCCUUUGCUCAAACAUGGCUCAUCGACCCUGCCGAGGCCAACGACACUCGACUUGGACCCGACAGCCCAGACAGUCGCAUACAAAGAUCUACGUUGACCAAGCUCGAGUCCAAGUUGCGUACCAACAAUCGCUUUGUGAGGCUUUUUGCAUUGACCAAAGCUUGCGCAGGUUGUGAUACGGCCAAAGAGUGGAUCCUGCGCCUCUGCAUACCACUAGGCCGAGGCCGACACACCCACAACCUUCCUACGUCAGUCACGGAAAUGGCGAUGCUUAUCUGCGAUUCCGACGCCAUCACGGGAGAUCGUGGACCGCAAGACCUUAUUCUCCAGGUGCACGGUGAUCGAUGUCCCGAUGGUCGGCCCAAGUACCAAAUCGUUAGCUUGCUCCAUCCGUCUGCGAUGCCUCUCCGGUACACACUAUUCUUCCCCGCGGGGGAAGAUGGCUUCCACCCCAGCAUUCCUCUUUGUGGUUCAAUCAAGUUGGGCCACUCUUCGCCAAAAGACCGCCAAAAAGAGGUGA